AUGCCCUUUGCCGUCCUCCCUGCUCUCCUUCCAGACAUCCACAAUGUCUACGACAUCUACUUCUCCUCCUUCACUGCCGACACCAUGGGCUCUCUCAUGGUCAAAAUCCUCUUCCCCUCCGGCAUCACCCCCGAGUUCCGCGAGCAGCACACCGCAGGCACGCUCGCCUAUCUACACCAAAGCCGUUUCCAAUACACCUGGAAAUGUGUGGACAUGGAGACCGGCGAGAUCGUGGGCAUGGCGUUAGGUGAUAUUUACUUACAUGAGCGGAGUGAAGAGGAAAGGCGGGAUCAUGGGGUGCCUUGGUUGACUGGCGAGGAUAGAGAGAGGGCCGAGAGGAUUUUGGGUCCGUUGCAUGAGGUGAGGGAGAGGUUGUGGGGAGGACAUAAGUAUAUUUAUGUCCACGUGGUAGGCGUUGACCCGAAAAACCAGGGACGCAAAGCUGGUGCUGCACUGGUCCAAUGGGGGUCAGACCUGUGCGAUCAUGCCGGAAUACCCAUAUACUUCGAAUCAUCGCCGUCGACUGUGAAAUUGUACGAAAAGAUGGGUUGGCAUAGACUCCCCGAGAGCAUCGUUCAUAAAGCUGCGGAUUUGGGAGUAGAUGAGGAUAUUGAGGUUCCUUUGAUGGUAAAAUUUCCUACGUAUGCUGGAAAGAUUACGUUUGAUGAGUACAAAGCACAGGGGUAUCCUAUAUUUUCAAGAUGA